AAGCCAUGAGCAGCAAAGUCUCCCGCGACACCCUGUACGAGGCGGUGCGGGAAGUCCUGCACGGGAACCAGCGCAAACGCCGCAAGUUUCUGGAGACGGUGGAGCUGCAGAUCAGCCUGAAAAACUAUGACCCUCAGAAGGACAAGCGCUUCUCGGGCACCGUCAGGCUCAAGUCCACUCCCCGCCCCAAGUUCUCGGUGUGCGUCCUGGGGGACCAGCAGCACUGCGAUGAGGCCAAGGCCGUGGACAUCCCCCACAUGGACAUCGAGGCGCUCAAGAAACUGAACAAGAACAAGAAGUUGGUCAAGAAGCUGGCCAAGAAGUAUGAUGCCUUUUUGGCCUCAGAGUCUCUGAUCAAGCAGAUCCCACGUAUCCUGGGCCCAGGCCUGAACAAGGCUGGCAAAUUCCCUUCCCUGCUGACACACAAUGAAAACAUGGUGGCCAAAGUUGAUGAGGUGAAGUCCACCAUCAAGUUCCAGAUGAAGAAGGUGCUGUGUCUGGCUGUUGCUGUUGGCCACGUGAAGAUGACUGAUGAUGAGCUGGUCUACAACAUCCACCUGGCUGUCAAUUUCCUGGUGUCCUUGCUCAAGAAGAACUGGCAAAACGUCCGGGCUUUGUACAUUAAGAGCACCAUGGGCAAGCCCCAGCGUCUGUACUAGGACACCCCAAUAAACCUCAGCGCUACCA